AAAAUCACACACUCACCGCCUGCUAGUGCAGCGGCAGAAUCGAACAAGUCCAGAAAUUUUCUUGGCCAAAAGUGCAGGUGGCUCGCAAUCCCCAAGGUCCCCAUUCCAGCAAAAAAAGCAAGUUAGACACCGUACAGUUCUCACUUGCAAUCAUCAUUCAAAAUGGCCCCAGUAACUCGCAGCAGAAGGGAAACCAAGACCACUGAGUCGCCCGCCAACAAGAAGUCCAAGACUUCUACCCCCAAGUCCGACAGCAAGAAGCCCGAGAAGAGAAAGGCCACCGAGGAUGCCACUCCCGUUGCCGCCAAGAAGCAAAAGGCUACCAAGGAUGCCGUAGCUGCCCCUUCGCCCAAGCCCACACCCAAGACCGAGAAGUCGACGCCCAAGACCACCCCCAAGGAAGAGAAGAAGUCGACACAGAAGCCCGUAAAGGAGAACAAGAAGGAGAAGAAGGAGAAGCCUGCACAGAAGGAGAAGAAGACCAAGGAGCCAACACCUGCUGAGCCCGAGGCGCAAGAGAAGGAGGACGACAACGAGGAGGAGGAGGAGCUCGACAACGAGACCCAGGCUCUUGUCAAGAACCUCGACGGCGAUGACGACAACGAGGAGGAUACCGAGGAGGCCAGCAAGCAGAUCAGCACUUUCAAGAAGGGCCAAGAUGUCGGCAAGAUUCCCAAGAAGAAGACCAAGGACGACAAUGACGCCAGCGUUACCAAGGGCAGCGGCAAGCGCGGUGUCAUGUACCUGGGUCGCAUCCCCCACGGUUUCUACGAGCACGAGAUUCGCGCCUACUUCGGCCAGUUCGGCGACAUCACCAGACUCCGCGUUGUUCGCAACAAGAAGACCGGCGCCAGCCGUCACCGCGCUUUCGUCGAGUUCGCCGAGGCCGAGGUUGCCGACAUUGCCGCCCGCACCAUGGACAAGUACCUCCUCUUCGGCCACAUCCUGACCGCCAAGGUCGUCCCUCAAGCGCAGGUGCACAAGGACCUCUUCAAGGGCGCCAACCGUCGCUUCAAGGUUAUCCCGUGGAACCAGAUGGCCGGCAAGCAGCUCGAGAAGGCCCUGCCUGAGUCGAAGUGGCAGGGUAAGAUCACCAAGGAGGAGCAGAGGCGGGCGGCCAGAGCUGCCAAGCUCGCCGAGAUGGACUACGAGUGGGAGGCGCCCCAGCUCAAGGCCGCCGAGGCCAAGGAGCCCGCGCUCCUGACCGCGGCUGAGGAGGAGCCCGUCAAGGCCAUCGAGGCGCCGGCGGCUGCUGAGGAGAAGACGGAGGAGAAGGCUGAGCCCGAGGCCGAGACCAAGGAGGAGGCCAAGGAAGAGGAGAGCAAGGAGGAGGAGGAGCCCAAGUCGACAAGGAAGCGGGCCGCGGUCACUCCUAAGAAGGCUGCUGCCACUCCCAAGAAGGCCGCUGGCACCACCCCCAAGAAGGCGGCUGCCACACCCAAGGCAGAAGCCACCACGCCUGCUAGGGCUACUCGCUCUACCCGGAAGACCAAGGCUUAGGUAGCCAGUACUCCGGCGAGAGCCACGCGGUCGAGCACGCCGGGUAGAGCCACCCGGUCAAUGACAGCCACUCGGGCCAGAAGGGCUUGAAGAGAAGAUUAUGGAUGGUGAUUGAAUGUGUGAGGUCAACCAAAAGGGUGCCCACGCAUACGGACAGGUUCAGGAAAAGCGCUACAUGAUGUUUGUUACCACCCCCCUUCGGGCGGCCAGCUGGUUAACUC